AUGCCCCAUUCCAUCGAGAGCAUUGAGACGGUCGGAGGAGGCAACAGUGUUGGUGUUGGAUGCAUUAGGCAUACAAACUUCCCUGAUGGUGCCCACUUCAAGUUUGUGAAGCACAGGAUCGAUGCUAUCGACACUGAGAACUAUGGACUAAGGGAGAUGUUAAACAAUGAUGAGAUAAAAGCCGGCAAAGAACAGGCUAUGGGUCUCUACAAGGCUUGUGAAGAGUACCUCGCAACUAAUACCGAUGUCUUUGCCUAA